UCGCACCUGAGAGCGACGCCAGGGUCACCCCCUUCCGCCUCGUACCCUUCCGCCUCUCUUCGGGAACAUUUGAAUUAUCUCUCGGUGUGGGUGUUGGUGUCGCUCGUGUUUCCGCGUCACCCUGGCGGCCAGUCGAAUCUCGAGUGUCGAGCGACAGAUGCCAGCGACAGGCGGGGUGUUGGUAGUCGCUCGGCGAUAAGAGAUAUCAGGGCGAGGACGCCUGCGGAGCGCAGAUAAACCUGACGACAACGGUCGGAGCUCGACAAUGACGCUACAGCCAAGACGACAACUGGGCGACGGCGUGUUUACCUGACUGCCGCGGAGCUAGCAUGGACCUCGGACGAAACCUCUCCUGUCACUGGAUACCACCGGUGUCGGUGUUACUGUACGGUUCGUGUCACUGAGCUCGUGUCUAGUCUGUCGCUGACCACUCGCACAAUGUGGCUUCUGAUUCGCACGUCGGGCUGCACACGCGGAGCGCAUCUGCACAGACGGACACUGACGCAGCCCUGGAGGUCGAACCUGUCAGCUGCCCUCCAGCCUGCCGGGGCCAGGACGUCCGUCCACCCGACAGCCAGGCCCAUCGCGUCGCUCCUGCCCCAUGCCCACUGUUCACACCUCCCCUGGUCGACAGCCCGAGCGCGGACAGCCUCGCACGCACCUGUUGCCUUUGCGAGCUCCUCGGCCGCCCCGACGCCUUCACCGGCCAAGACGCCGGUGGACACGGACAGAGAACAGACGCCGACCACGGUCCCACUGGAGGAUGUGAGGAGGAUUUUGCACCUCGCUCAUCCAGAGAGAUGGAGACUGGCAGCUGCUUUAGGCUUCCUGACAGUCUCCAGUGCUGUAACAAUGUCAGCUCCAUUCCUUCUGGGCAAAGUGAUCGACACCAUAUACGCCGCUGGAACGGACACAGAGACAAUGGCGGCCUCCCUCACAUCGUUGUGUAUCAUGCUGACGGGAGUGUUCCUAUGUGGUGGAGCAGCCAAUGCUGCCAGAGUCUACCUCAUGCAGAUCUCAGGUCAGCAGAUUGUUCGUAAUCUCCGUGCCUCCGUCUUCUCCUCCAUCCUCAGACAGGAAGUGGCAUUUUUUGACCGGAACAGGACCGGCGAGCUCAUCAACCGCCUCUCGGCUGACACGGCCGUGGUGGGCCGCUCGAUCACAGACAACCUGUCAGAUGGGCUUAGAGCUGUCGCCCAGGCAGCUGCUGGUGUCAGUAUGAUGUUCUAUGUGUCCCCCAGUCUUGCAAGCUUCGUGUUGAUGAUCGUUCCCCCUCUGGCCGCUCUUGCUGUAGGCUAUGGGCGAUAUCUUCGCUCCAUCUCCAAACUCACGCAGGAUGCACUUGCUCGAGCCACAGAGUUGGCGGAGGAGCGUAUUAGCAACAUGCGGACAGUCAGGGCUUUUGGUAAAGAGCUGUCAGAGGUCAAUUCAUACACAGAGAAGACAGACCAGGUCCUCAGCCUGGCCAGGAAGGAAGCUGUGCUACGAGCUGGUUUCUUUGGAGUGACUGGUCUCAGUGGUAACAUCAUGAUCCUGUCAGUGCUCUACAAAGGAGGCCUCCUGAUGGCCAGCCAGCACAUGACUGUGGGAGAGCUUUCAUCAUUUCUCAUGUACACCUUCUGGGUGGGCAUCAGUAUCGCAGGGCUGAGCUCAUUCUACUCUGAGCUGAUGAGGGGUUUUGGAGCAGGAGGCCGACUUUGGGAGCUGCUGGACAGAAAGCCGGAGUUUCCCCUCAAUGAGGGCCUAGUGCUCCCUCAAGAACAGCUGAAGGGCCAGCUCCAGUUCUGUGAUGUUUCUUUUGCCUACCCAACUCGUAAGGAGGCUCCUAUUUUCCAGAACCUCAGUCUGCUGGUCCCGGCUGGUACCAUCAUGGCUGUGGUGGGAUCCAGUGGAUGUGGAAAAUCAACCCUGGUCUCGCUGCUGCUCAGACUGUAUGACACUGAUGCUGGUAUCAUCACAAUAGAUGGUCAUGACAUCAGGGAUCUAAAUCCCUACUGGCUCAGGCGUCACAUUGGAACUGUCAGCCAGGAGCCAGUGCUGUUUUCUUGUUCCAUCAGGGAUAAUAUUGCCUACGGUGCAGAGGCCCCGGAAGAUGUGACAGCAGAGGACGUCUACAGGGCAGCCAGAGUGGCCAAUGCCUAUGAUUUCAUCCAGACUUUUCCUGAUGGCUUUGACACUAUAGUGGGGGAGAAAGGAGUGCUGCUGUCAGGUGGUCAGAAGCAGAGGAUAGCCAUAGCCAGAGCUCUGCUCAAGAAUCCCAAGAUCCUGCUUUUAGACGAGGCUACCAGUGCACUGGAUGCUGAGAAUGAGUUCCUGGUCCAGGAGGCCUUGGAGCGUCUGAUGGAAGGGAGGACGGUCCUAAUCAUCGCUCACCGUCUGUCCACCAUCAAGAAUGCAAAUGCUGUGGCUGUGCUGGAUCAGCGCCGUGUAGCUGAGUGUGGUCAGCACACAGAGCUGCUAGGCAACAGACAGGGACUGUUCAGAAAACUGAUGGAGAAACAGGCGUUUCUACAGGAAGAACAGAAACGAGCCCUGCGCUGAGAGAGGGGCAAGUGGAAUAAGAGGAGGAAGAAAUCUGUGGGCUUCGCUCCAAAAUGACUUGAAAUGCUCCAAGAGACAGAUGUGGAGGGAAAGGAGGAACAAAAAAAUAUGUUUGUUUCCUGGAGAUGGAUAAACGUUGAAGGAAAGCAUAGGAGGACAACAGAUGGGAGAUGGGGAAGCCACUGAGAAAGUUAAAGGGAUUUUGAAUGUCCCUUUACCCCUGGAGUGACUCUGAAGCAUCACAUAAAGAGAUGUUUGGAAAGGAAACCCAGGGUAAUCUACAGCCAAGACCGAAUAACUGAAAUAUGGAUCAGUGAAGUAAUAGAGAUACUUUAUUUUGAAACACAUAUAUAAUUCUACACUGAAAAAAAGGAGAUGAGAAGAGAGAAGACAGACAUUUCUCGAGGCUCGCGGCCAAUAUGUGAUUUAAAUCACUGUCACUACUGCGGCUUUGGAGAAAAGCUCCAAUCCAAUAUUCAGACAUAUUACAAAAAUGUAAAACCUCUUUCAGUCUCUGUUGUGGGACUCUUUAGUUUGUGAUACACAUAUUUCUGUUUAUGUAUUACAGAUUUUUUUUCUUUAAAUUUGAAGCUUACAAACGAGUCUUUUCUGUCAUUUUAGAGUUUAAACAAGCCAAAUGAACCAGCUAUUUGUCAAGUCUACACUGUGCUGUAAAAAAAAAAAACAUGACUAUUUUGACAUAUGAUUAAUGUAUGAACAUUUGUUGUGGGGAAAUAAGAGCGACACUCCUGAAAGUCAAGGUUGAGGUGCUAACAAGGGACUUGGUGCAAUUAGAUUCAGUCACUCUUGAGUUUUGGAUUUAAGUGACAGCCCUGAAACUGCCAAACGUAACCAUCUUCAUAUGUCAUGCAAAAGGAAAUGUGUGCACAGUGACUUAAAGACACUUGAUUGAGGCCUGGUAAGCAGCCUCUCCCCUGGAGGAGGAGCUGCUCCACGCGAGGAGGAGAGAUGCUGGAGGCCUCUUCAAAGACAGACAUGGUCUAUGUGAGUCAUCUUCACCUUUCUCAUAACAACUGUCACUAAAAAAAGAUUUUCUUUUUUGUUCCACACAUGCAAAUGCCUUGACCUAUAAUGCUACUUAACCUUAAAAAAGACAUUUCAGCAUCAUGUUUUCGUGGCUGUCGUCCAAUUGUAUACGUCCAUAUAUCCUUUGCUUAGGAUAUAAAACUUGAAUCUUUUUGGGUGUCAUUUUUAAUUCACGUUUUGAAGGUGGUGUUGUAUGGAAUUAGUACAACACUGAUCGGUUAUAAUCAGCCAUUUCAUUACUCUCAUAUUGUCAUUAUACUUUAGUACUCACUUUUUUAAACAUUAAUUUAUUACAGUGUUUAGAUUGUAUAUCAGUUAAUGUUUCAUGUUGAUUUAUUAUAGCCAGUCAUUGUUUUAUUUUCUUUAUUUCAUUUAUAUUUUUGUAAUUUCACCAAAAAAUCAAAUAGUUAUUACUUGAGCAGUUGAGUUUCAUGUCAUUACGACAUACUUGUCUCUAAACUUCACAUGUCCAGUAUUGGUUAAUGUGUAGUGUCCAGUGAUCCUCCCCCCUUUGUUGGUGAUAUUACCAAACCUUUGAUCCACUGAAAUAAAAUUUCUGUUUUGUAAAAGAUAA